AUGAACCGGCUCUUUGGAGCAAAGAGUGCGGCUCCGAAGCCUACCCUCGACAGUGCUAUUUCUAAUGUUGAUAAUCGGAUUUCCAGCAUCGAUGUCAAGCUAGCAGGCCUCAACUCGGAGUUGUCGACGUACCAGUCGAAGAUCGCCAAGAUGCGCGACGGCCCGGGAAAAAACGCCCUACGGCAGAAGGCGUUGAAGGUGCUGCAACGGCGGAAACAGUACGAGGCCCAGCGGGACCAGCUGUCGCAGCAGUCGUGGAACAUGGAGCAGGCGGGCAUGAUGCAGGAUAACCUGAAGAACGUGAUGACGACGGUCGACGCGAUGAAAACCACCACCAAGACGCUGAAGAAGCAGUACGGCAAGAUCGACGUGGACAAGAUCGAGCGCAUGCAGGACGAGAUGGCCGAGCUGAUGGAGAUCGGCGCCGAGAUCCAGGACAGCAUCUCGCGCUCCUACGACCUCCCCGAGGAUGUCGACGAGGCCGAACUCGACGCAGAGCUUGAAGCCCUCGGUGAAGAGUCCAUGUUUGACUCGGCCCUCGGCGAGUCCGCCAUGCCUAGCUUCAUGCAGGAUGAAGUCGCCCCCCCGCAGUUCAUCGAUGAGCCUCCGGAGCAAACCCAGGUCAAGGAGGCGGCGGGUUAA